AGCACCGGGAUUCACGUGGCGUCACUCGAUUUUCUUUUACAAUUUCGACCUAUCAUCGAGUUCGCGACGGGCGGACAUGUACUCUAAUAUCGAAUCAGGUUAACAACUCCUCCGGCUCGAUCCGAGCUUCUAGAAAAGGUACAGUUCCUACUUAGAGAACUGUAUCAAUCUCGUAAUUUGGACAUAGCAGCCCGCUUCCGCCAUGGAUGACAAACAGCCCGGCGAGCAGAAGGGGACGUUGGUCUCUGCUCUGGAGAAAAAUGGCAUGAAAGCAUUCAAUCCUGCGGCUGACGAACGGUCUCGCUCUGAGGGUCAGAGAAUAUUCAUGGCUCUCGUAUCGAGGGCAGGUACUUUCGCUCUGUUGUCUUCGGUAAACACAUUGGUAAAGCCCGGCCGUGUUCCGGAAUGGUUCCGUAUUCAUUUGAUGGAUAUUCUUACGCUGUUGCCUCAGAGACCUGAUGGCGUCCGUGCGACCUUGGAGUUUGUCUUUUCCGUGCAUCCAUCAAGUACAGUCAGGAUAUCAGAGGCUGCCACACCCCAGAAGCAGGGUGCUAAUAUUACUAUGGAAGCCUUGAAGAUGGCAUCGAACCUUCUAUCCGUCCCACCUGCAUCCAUAACGCCCGCCACAUGGUUUUCUGGCAUUGCCCCUCAGCUUUUUACUCUAUUGGACGGUAGUGGCGGCCCUGAUCUUGCUAAAACUGCUGCCUAUGUUAUAGGCUUUGGUGUUCUGGGUAGGAAGCAGCUUGGUGCUCCUGGCACCCCUGGAUGGAAAGAGUUCGCGGAGCCGAUGCUAUCUUGUAUAAAUCCAUCGUUAUCUUCCAACAAGAACCCACGGGAACCUGUGGUUUUCAGCGCGGGACCCGAUGAUGUUGUUGACCUUCAGAAACGCAGAGUUUUAGUUGAGGCUGAUGCGCUGCACGUUGCGUUGAGACGCUUAUCUUCAUUAUUAAACUCGCAUCCUAACCCUGGCUUGACCAAGAGGCUACUUAACCCUUUAGUCAUGCCUUUGUGGGCUCUCUCGUCGUGGCCGCUCCCACCCACCCUUGUGGACGAGCAGUAUUGCCAACCGGCACAAGCCCUCAUUGAGAUAUACCUUAAACUUGCUGGAUCCGCAGACAAAUAUCUAGAUAUUAUACAUGAUCUUCUAUUUUGUGGCGCACCUAGCACGCCCGAACUGCCGUGGGCUUAUAAGCAAACCGAAGAUUGUCGCAUCCAAGUUAGACGAUUACAUGGAGAUGAAGGCACAUCACUCACGCAACUGAAUCUGGAAACCAUGGAUUCUAAAGUGUCAGCGUUCAUCGGGCUCCUCAAACAAGUCGCAUCCGAUACAGAUAUAUCAACACUUUUCUUGAAACUCUUCGAAACUUCACUUGGAACCCAUGAAGGCGUGAAAUCUAUACAAUUAGCAGCUAGUAAUGACCAGGCGGAUCCAAUAGCCCAGCUGAUUGAAGCUAGAGUGCUUCAAGAAAUGAUGGAGCAAGUUCCAGAAAGGCUAAUCUCGAAUUCUAAGCAACUGCUCGAGCUCGUCACCAAAGUCCUCAGCAAAUUCAACGCCGGGUCUUCAGAUGAUGAUGAUGCGAUCUCUGUGGCACUAAGUUUGCUCAAUAUGGUUGUUACUGUGCCCAGUUUCCAACGAAAAGAUGUACGCGAAAGCACGCUAGCUUCUAUCGAAAAGUCUUUGAUGAAGAUUAGCCUCUCAAGACAAUCCGAUGUCUCACAUACUGCUCGUAACUUAUCGCAGCUCCUAAAAUACCGAGAUGAGUUAGAAGACCCUGCCGACAGGCCGACCGCACCCACAGAACGACAAAUCGAAGAUAAAAAGACGUACAACCUGGCGCUCCAGUAUAUCACACAAGCCGAUUCGCCACCACCUGUGCGCUCUGAGGGUUUGAAUCUCCUCGGUACUCUUAUAAAGUCCAAUAGUGCUAUUGUGGACAUCCCAGCUACGCUGGUACUGCUUUCCUCCUUGCUUAGCGACGACGAUGAAUACAUCAGCUUGCGAGUGAUAAAGGUAUUUGUUCAAUUGUCUGAAAGGCAUCCGCGGUCAACUACUCGAGAGGCACUAGACCAGUACGUCGAUGCCUUAGAGAAGCAAAAUACAGACACUCGCUUGCGAUUUGGCGAGGCAUUGCUACAACUCAUACAGAGACUCGGUCAGACUUUCGCCGGCGAUGUCGCUGCGUCUGUUGGUGAGGCACUUCUCGCUCUUGCUGGGCGCCGCGCACACCGGCCCAAGACAAAAGAACGUCAGGAACGUGCUGAGCGAACCGCCGCGCGGAAACUGAAAGCCAAAGCUAGACUGGGAAACGGCACAGGUGAUGCACUCCCUAUGAGCGAUGAAGAUGAUGAUAUAGAUCUGGAACUCGAAGAGCAAACGCCCGAAGAACGAGCCCGCAAUGCGGUCCUCGUACGCAUCGUAUCUGGUUGGGAGAGCAAGCGAGGUAGUGAAGACAUGCGGAUCCGAGCUUCCGCACUCUCCCUGUUCGCUGCCGGCCUCGAAACAAACAUUCGCUCGUUCACCCCGCAAUUGGUAGACGCUGCUCUAGCCCUAAGUCUUGACGUUCUCAUGUUCGAGGCGGGGGCCCUAGAAGCGGGAAUCUUGCGGCGUGCAGCCGUUACCGUGGUAUUAACGUUUAUCAAUGCCUUGGGAAAAGCUCGAGAACGUGGAAGCCGCUUUAGCUCCAGUUUAGGCACAGGCGGUUCAAGCUUUGGUGCGGGUUUCACAACAAAAGAAGAGGAUAUUGUGCGAGUCUUGGGGUAUGUUGAGCAGACAGAUGAAGAUGGGCUUGUCCGCCAACAUGCCCAAGAUGCACUCGAGAGUCUCGAAAGCCUCCGUCUCAUACAACUUGUGCCGAACCAACAGGGUCAAAAUGCCCCGCCACCAGCUGUGCAGGUUGCAGGCUUAGACAUGACCCGGCCGAGUCUCCCGGUUUUAAAUGCUGACAGCGGAAGACGCGUAAAGCCGAUAAUCGAAGAGAUAGAGUGAUCCUACAGAGGCGUGAUGAGCAUGUAGCUACUAUCUUCUACCGGUAAUCUAAGGUGCGCUUAGUUGCUUAAACAACUCAAUCUCUUAUUCGAUCAAUCUACCUAUCUAAAUACUAAAGCUGCCAUCUAAUAUGUUAUUAAAAUGUAUAUGUCCAAGCUUCUUGUUAUCUCCCUUGCAUCUAUCUUAUUAUAAUCUAUGGCUUGGUAAGCUUCAUAUUUAACCCUCCUUGUCGAGUUCUUUGGGCCACAGCAAUUGCCUACUCCAAAGACUCCAC